ACGGUGGAGCAAAGCCGCUCCAAAGUUUAGUCCGAGUUUAGCAGAUGAACUAAGAAAAACUAACUUUUGUUUUUCCAGUCAUAGCAGCACACCUUUUCUCUUUUCACUUCUCCAAAAGCAAAGCAAAAAUAUAGAAGAAAGAUUGGGACAGGUAGCGCAACAAACUUCACUUACAUUAUUGUUAAUGAAUUGUGACAUCUCGAAAAUUAUACAUCUAAUAUUAAAUGUUUAGCUUUUCACAACAUUCAAAACCCAUAACUCGCGAUUUGUGUGCGCUGCGCAAUUGCGCGCCCAAACAGAAUUGCAAUGAUCGUGUCCAACCUCAGCCACAGCAGUUGCGCGCGUUCGACGAGCGUGCUGUGCUCCAGUACCGGGGACGGAUUUCUGGAGGCUACUUCAAAUCGCACCCUCAGCCCGACUGGACACCUGGUAGUCGCGGUGUGUCUGGGCGUCAUAGGAACUUUUGGAUUCCUCAACAACCUGUUAGUGCUUGUUCUGUUCUGCCGCUACAAACUGCUGCGUUCCCCUAUCAAUCUGCUGCUGAUUAAUAUAUCCAUCAGUGAUCUGCUGGUGUGUGUGCUGGGAACUCCGUUCAGCUUUGCCGCUAGCACACAAGGACGAUGGCUUAUCGGAGAACACGGUUGCGUGUGGUACGGCUUCGCCAAUACUCUGUUCGGCAUCGUGUCCCUGAUAUCCCUGGCCGUGUUGUCAUACGAGCGCUACAGCACCAUGCUGGGACCCACCGAGGCCGACUCCACGAACUACAGGAAGGUGGCCCUCGGAGUGGCUGUGUCCUGGGUCUACUCCCUCGUCUGGACCGUCCCCCCUCUGUUUGGCUGGAGCCAGUAUGGUCCAGAGGGUCCGGGUACCACCUGUUCUGUGAACUGGACCGCCAAGACCACCAACAACAUCUCCUACAUCAUCUGUCUGUUUGUCUUCUGCCUUCUCGUCCCCUUCAUGGUCAUAGUGUUCUGCUAUGGGAAACUGCUGUAUGCAAUAAAACAGGUGAGUGGCGUGAACCGAGCGCUGGGUCGUAAACGUGAGCAGCGUGUCCUGGUGAUGGUCAUUAUCAUGGUGGUCUGCUACCUGUUCUGCUGGCUGCCCUAUGGCAUCAUGGCCCUGCUGGCCACCUUCGGUCCCCCGGGCCUGGUCACGCCUGAGGCCAGCAUCACUCCCUCCGUCCUUGCCAAGACCAGCACCGUCAUCAACCCCGUCAUCUACAUAUUCAUGAACAAGCAGUUCUACCGGUGUUUCCGUGCCUUGCUGAAAGGGGGAGCGCCUGAACGUGGUUCCAGCAUCAAGAGCACGUCCCGGGUCAACAAGCAGAGCAUGAGAGUCCUGCGCCGCACAAAUGACAAUAAUGUCACCAUCGUGGUGGCAUCCACGGACCCUGCCACCACCACGCCUCUGCCCAACCGGCUUGGGGGGCCACCUUCCUCAGACACCGGCAAACCAGCCAAAGUAGCCCUCGUUGCUCACUACACUGAAUGACAUGGCAGAAAAGGGCUCCUUUCGUUCUCGACAUUCACAGAACACGGGACAACUCGAACUACAUCAUCGGAUAGAGAGAAAGCCACCUUUGGAUUAUUCUGUUUUGUAUUUAUUUGUGAUUUUUGCAGUUUGCAUAUGUGACAGACUUGAGAUGGCUGUUUGGUAAUAGUCCUGUUGUCAUGUACAUGGUUUGGCACAAAUUCAUGUGACUCUCCUGAAAAUGUUCAAAUGUUCCGGAAAUGACAUCAAAUAUUAUGUUUCAAAGGAAAAUAUUUUUGUACAUCUAUUGUGACUUCAUGUAGCAAGGCUUUCUGAAGACAAUAGGACAUUUUUAAAAUGCUAUCGCAUUUCUACUGUAUGUUUAGAAUAAUUGAAAACACAAAGAGAAGUGAGUUGUGGGAAAAUACUUUCCAUAUUUUCUCAUUAUGUACCUGGAAAAUAGGUUUUGGAGGAAAAAAUGGUUUUAACACCAAUGAAACAACCCACUCAUCGUAGAUUGUGUCAGAAUAAUGCAACUCUUUCAAGUUGUCUAUGAAUGAUCCCAGUUUGAAAUGUUUUCAAAAAACCUUUUCUGUUGUUGGUAAGGAUUCCUGAUUGCUAUUACUUACUUUUGGACAGCUGAGCAUAUUAAAGUUUAGAAUGUACUAGUUACACUAGCUCACAACAAAACAGGAAAAAAACAUGUGUGGUUGUAUGAAAAUGACAUUGGACUUUUAACUAAUUUAGGUCAUCCAUAACGCUUCAUAAUAUAGUUCAAAGAAACAUUAUGUCCGUCAUGAUCAUUUCCAU